AUGUUCAAGCGCAUCGCCGCGGCCCUCACCGUUCUGGCCGUCGGAGCGCAGGCUACGGACCUCAACUCCAGCAGCUCCCCCACCGACCUGAGCGCCAAUAGCUCGAGCAGCUCAAACAGCUCCAGUGACGACAGCUUCACCGGCGCCGGCGACCUCAUCUCUGGUCUCCCGGGCAUCCCUGACAACUAUACGGCACGACUCUUCUCCGGCGCGCUCAACAUCGACAACGGCGGCGAAGGCUUCUACUUUUUUGCCGAGUCGCAGAGCAACACAUCCGAGACGGACCCGGUGAUCCUGUGGCUCAACGGCGGUCCCGGCGCCAGCUCCCUCCUGGGCUUGUUCACGGAGCUCGGCCCGCUGCUCAUCAACGACGACGGCACGACGCUGCGCACGAACGACUAUGCGUGGAACCUGAACGCCAACCUGGUCGCCAUCGAGUCGCCUAUUGGCGUCGGCUACACGUACAACGCCAAUCUGUACAGCAUGCUGCAGGUGUUCUUCGGCAAGUUCCCGUGGCUGCGCGCUAACGAGUUCAUCAUCAUGGGCGAGAGCUACGCGGGCGUGUACGUGCCGCUGGCGGCGCAGCGCAUCGUGGAGGGCAACCGCGCCGCGAGAAACGAGAGCGAGAUCAUCAACCUGACCAAGUUCUCGGUCGGCAACGCCGUCAACGAGUUCUCGACGCUCAGUGCGCCGGCCUUUGCGUACCACCAUGGUCUGAUCUCGCCUGAGGACUAUUUCGCCGUCGCCAACGUCUGCCCGGUGGAGCUCCGUCCCGGCGAGGCACUGCCGACGAACCUGACGGCCUCGUGCAACGACGCGCUGUCGACUUUCGACAGCACCAUCUCGGGCCUCAACCUCAACAACUACGACAUCUACAGCGACUGUGUCAGCGGCCAGUCGUCCGGCUCCAUCGGAGAGAUACUCGCCGAGCUGCAGGGUGCGGCGCAGGAAGUGAACCGCCCGAUCCGCAUGACGCUGGCCGUGUGCAUCUCGUUCGACGAGCCCAACUCGUACUUCAACAUUGCUGAGGUGCGCGACGCGCUGCACGCGAACCCGCUCGUGCCGCAGUGGACCACGAUCCUCGCGAACAAGGCGCUCUUGUACACCAUGGACAUCGACGAAGUGGUGACGCCGGUGUGGUCGUCGCUGGUGGAGAGCGGUGUUGAAGGCAUCGUCUACCAUGGCGACGUGGACAUGUCGUGCGACUUUAUCAGCGGCCAGUGGGCCGUUCAGUCGCUGGGUCUGACGCGCGCGGCCAACAAGACGGCGUGGACUUUGACGGACUCGGACCAGAUCGCGGGCUUUGUCGAUGACUUUGGUUCGAUGAAGUUCGUGACGGUGCGGGGCGCGGGCCACAUGGUCCCGGAGGACAAGCCCGCCGAGGCGCUGGCGAUGCUGAACCAGUUCAUCCUGAACUAA